CAGGUUUAAAAAAAAUUAACACAGAAGAACUGCGAAUUUGUGUUUUUAAACAAUGUUGAUAAAAGAAAAAAUGUGUUGUGUGCAAUGACAAAUAAUCUCUUAUUGUAUCUUUUCUCUCCCUACAGGAAAACAAAACAAAAAAAAAUACAAAAUUGGGUUCUGAAAAAAAAAAGUUUUAAAACAAACAAACUUACCGAAACAGAAAUGGUGAAAGUAAACGCGAGUUGCCCAAUCUUGUACAGCCAAUCGGUACCGUCGAAACCGUACUUUGGCAUAUCGAGAAAGUCAGUUGCGGUUCGAAUGUUUGAUAAUGUUUUAAAGCGCGCAAGUUUUUCUAAAAGAAAAGUAGUCAAGUGUUAAAUCCCGGAUGUGGUGUUCUUAUUUUUCCUCCCUUGGUUUUUACUUUUUUUCUAACUUUUUAGAGUUUGCACCUUUUUCUUGGAUUUGUAAGGCCUAAUGGAUUCAGAUAGCUCAUUAGAGAGCGAAGAAAGGCAUAACGGGGUAAAGAAAUGGGAGAACAGGGCGAACAGCGAUGUGUCGGAUGAUGAGAAUUUUUCGAGGGGCGCCAAGAGCAUAGAUUCGCCCCCGGAGUCACCCCCGAGAGGGGGCGGUAAUCUGGACAGCCCGCCUGCCUCGCCGGCUCAGGCGCUGCCCGAAUCACCGCACUCUUCAUACUCCGGCUCAGGGGGCGGUUCGUCCGGGUCGUCUACACCGCCCCUGAGGGACAGCAGCCCGGCCGGCUCAAGCCCGAAGAGCUCGCAGGGCGACCGUAGGGCACAGCCACGCACACCGCCUGAAUCGCCCAGGUCUCCCGAGCAGGAGCCGGAAGGCCCAUCGAGCCCCAACGAUGACCGAUCAUCCAUGUCAGACGGCAGGUCGAACAUAUCGUCCUCGUCGUCUCUCGGAUCUGGGAAAUCGCAGAAAUCCAAAGGGGAUUUGCCGCAGCGCAGGAAUGAGAAAAUGGAGAUUAAGAGUCAUGGCGAGGACCUCUCAGAUGUUUCUGACAUUGAGAGCUUAGGGUCCGUUUCUGACCGUGAACAAGAACAAGAAAGCAUUCACGUCGAUGAAGAUGAGGAAGAGAAGGAAAAAGGGGGCGCAUCUGGCGGCAUGAACCUGGCUGAGGAGACGGAACAGCUCGAUUUCGAGGCUGAAGAAGAGAAGGAGGAAGUUGAAUCUGAUAAGAAGGAGCCUGAAAAACCGGCCGACCGAAAGGACAAAGAGAAAGAAGAUGGUGACGAAGACGAGGAAGAAGGCGAAGUCAAGGAACUCGAGGACGGCGAGAUAUCAGACGAAGAUGAAAACAGACCUGAGGAGACGGAGCCUCGGCCCGUCUGCCGGUUCUUCAGCCGUGGUCAGUGCACCUGGGGAUCAAGCUGCAGCUUCCGUCACGUCACGCCUGCAAAUGGCGAGACACCCGCCGUCACGAUCCCGACCUUCCCAGCCCUGCGUGGCCACCCGAGAAUCUUUAGGCCUUGGUUCCGUCGGGGGAUUGGCCUCAGGUUUUUCAGCCCUAGGUUUGUACACCCUGGUGUUACCGACAAGGGCAAUUACACGAUGUUUGACAUGGUCAGGCCUCUUGUUCCGAUGAACUCUGGCCCUCCACCACCACCUCACAUGUUUGGCACUCCGAUGGACAUGUAUGGACCGAGGCCUUUGGAACGUCCGAUGAUGAUGAGGCGAGAAGAACCGCCUGGAGAGUCUGCCUGGGAAAGGGGGCUGCGGCAAGCCAAAGAGAUGUUGAGGAGAUCGAAUAAACGCAAGGAGACUGAUGUAGAUUUUGAAGAGAAGAAGAUGAACUUGACCCUUAGCGGACAGGAGGAAUAUGACAAGGAGAAUGACUAUUACACCAGGGCGUCAAGCCCAAUUUACCCAGAGGAAGUCUAUCAUGACAGAUAUGCGGCUAAGGAAGGCGAGAAGAGAUAUAGGAGUGUGUCUGACAGGUUUGGCGACUACCCGCCUCCUGGGUAUUACCCACCGGGGAUGAUGGGCACACGUGAGCAAUGGUACGAUGACAGGCCGUCAAGGUACCACCAUUCCAGUGGGAGACAUCAUCCUAGUUACCCAGCAAGGGUAGGCCCGAGGGAUGGGGGCAGCGUACCUCCUGAAGACUACUAUGAUAGGAAAAGACAAAAAUACUCAUCGAGGGAAGUCGUGGUUCCUCGUUCUGAAAAAGCAGGCUGGAAAGAUGGCAGCCCAUCGCCUAGGCCGAGAGGCUCUGAAAGAGACAGGACUGUUUCUGGCCGCGGCGAUGAAUGGGCGGAUCCAUGGAUGAGGUCGAAAUCGCCGUUGAGGAAAGGAGCCGCCCCAAGGCCAUCGAGAAAAAAAUCCUAUUCUUCCAGAUCUUCAUACUCAUCAUCAAGUUCAAGCAGGAGCUCAAGUUACAGUUCUUAUUCAAGAUCAAGAUCGCGGUCGCGGUCGCGGUCGAGGACGAGAUCCUCCAGGAGGUCCCGGUCUUCCAGGUCGCGCUCACGAUCCACGUUUUCUAGAAAGAUAAUGUCUACAUUCUCGAAAGUGGCCAAAGACAAGAGUCCUUUCUCCCGUGAUAGGCGAGGAGCCAAUACAGAGAGGUCUUCACAUAUGAAUCCCCCACCUCCUAGUCCAAGAAUGGUGUUUUCAAAUCGACGAAGCCCCUCACCUGCUCCAGUCAAUGAAAGGACGACGUCGAGGAAUAUGUCAGCGAGACUUCUCGCCGCGGCAAUGAGAGACAGAUCGAGUUCGCGUUCCAGGUCGGGAUCGAGCUCAAGCGGAUCGAGCGGCUCUUCAUCGGACAGCUCAAGCGACAGUGGGUCAUCAUCCUCAUCGAGCAGGGGUGCCACUCCACCACCCAAGGCGACAGCCAAGCCAGCGGUCAACAGGAAGAAAAUUGAGAUUGAGAAACUCGCCCAGGACAUGAAAGUCAAGGCGAUGGACGCCCUUAAGCUUUCGGGGCAAAAACAACAGAUUAAGCUCACAUUGAAAGAUCGAGUACAACCUCCUGUAGUAAGUAGAAAGAGGUUAAACGAUUCACCUCUUGACGAUGACGAAUCGCCUAAUAUAAGCAAAAAGAAGCUUGCGCCUUCACGAAGGGAGGAACUCUUAAAACAGCUUAAAGCAGUCGAAGACGCCAUAGCAAGAAAGAGGUCGAAGAUUUAAGAAAAAAAACAUCAACAAAUAAAAAGACAAGAAGUGAAAGAAAAUAACGCAAGUCCGAGGAGAGCGGGAUAGAAGAGCCGGUCCGCUUUUCUUGUAUAUAUUGUGAUAGUUUAUUUGCUUAACUGUAAAAGGAACCGACGUCACCAGGCCCACAGGAGCUGAGUUAUUUACUUUUUUUUUUAAACAUUGCGCGAUAACCCGGGUCGAGUCAGGAGAAUGGCUCAAACACCCCGGGGCCAAAAUUAUUAUUUCUUUUCCCUUUUUUUUUUUUUUUUCUUUUCCUUUUUUAUAUAUAUAUUACAUUUACCUACCUGUAUCAAAUUAUAUAAUAGAAUGAUAUUAAUGAUGUUUUCAGUGUAUAAAAAAAAAAUUGUAGUUUUUCCAGGGUUUUCGCCCCUGUUGCAAUUUAUAAGCGCGCAUGGUUGAAGGACGGUCGAGUGAUUGACGCUGCAAGAUCCAAGUGAAAAGUGAAUUUUUUUUCUUGGUAUUUUUUUUUCCUGUAGUGUCUCCUCACUUUUCAAAGUUGAGUUAGGGCAACACUCAUUGUAAAAUAUUUAUGGAAAAUAAGACUUAAGAAAAAA